AUGCCAAACAUGGGCAUGGCGGGCAUGGGUGCGGGUGGCUAUGGCAAAGCUGGUGGAAGGGGCAACGAGCCAUCGUGCAACCUCUUCGUGACCGGAUUGCCAAUGGAGAUCGAUGAGGGUCAGCUCCGUGAUCUCUUUGCAAACUAUGGGAUGGUUAUGCGGUGCAAAGUGCUGCCGCACAACGGCAUGCCCGAUCGGGCCGCCCUGGUGGAAAUGGGCGACGUGGCGCAGUCCCAGUGGAUUGUCAACAAUUUGAACGGGAACACGCCGGCCGGCAUGUCGGGCCCCAUCAAGAUCGGCUACUCCCAGUCGAAGGGCAAGGGCAGCCGGCAAUCGCCCUACGAGCAGCCUGCGCCUGGCAACCUCUCAGGCUUGGAGAUCAAGCUUGCGACGCACACCAAUGACCUUGGCAACAAGUUGUGGGUGGGACAGAUCCCUCUGGGAACCACGAAGGACCUCAUGUACCACGAGUUUUCGAAGUACGGAGCUGUCCAGGAUGUGUACAUACGCGAUGACGGAAAGGUCCAGGGCCGCAUGUGGGGCUUUGUUACCUUUGUGGACUCGACUGGAGCCACGGAAGUCCUGUCGGCCUUCGCGACAGGAGCCUUCGCGGCACAGGCGAUGGGCGCUGCGCAGGACCAGUUCCAGAUGCCUCCACCGCCGAUGCCGGAACCCCCGCAGCCCCUCUCCGUGAGGCCUCGUGCAGACAAUCCGUGCAAGUUGUGGGUCGGCGGCAUUCCUGCCGGGAGCACCGAGAUGUUCUUGCGGGAAGAGUUUGGCAAGGUUGGCCAGGUGACAGAGGUCUUCCUCAAAGACGACGGCCAGCGCUCGGGUAGGAUGUGGGGCUUCAUUACCAUGGCAGAUGCCGGCCUGGCGCAGGCAGCCAUCGCCGAGAUGAAUGGCAAGACGCUCCAUCCACCACAGGUCGAUUUCAAUGCAGCCCAGCAGGACGUGCCUACCAUGCAUGGCAUGCAUGCAGGAGGCUUCGACCCCAGCCUAGCUCCAGAAGCAGAACAUCAGGCACCGGCCAUUGCAGGCGUUGCACCGGCCGGGCUUGCGAUGAAUGGCAACGGCAACAACCUAGGUCAUGUGCAGAGCCACAUGGCCGGAGGCUUCGUGCAAGAAGGCUUCGGUGCCGAAGCCCACCCCUCCGCCGGGCACGAUGCAGGCUUCGGUGUUCCACCGCCGCCCCCAGCGAGUGGCUUCGGCGGUCAAGGCCUGAAUGGCCAUGCACCGCCCGAGGCAGCGCCGAUUGGCUCGGCCACUGCCGGCUGA